CCAAGUCAACGCCCGCCGCCCGCCUCGCCGGCGUUGCAAUCAAUCAAUGAAUCCACCCCCACCCCAGUAGCAGUAGAGCUUGAGAGUUGCCCCCUCCGUCUCCGAUCCCAUCCCUCCAUCGGGCCUCCUAUGCGCGCACGAGCACGCGCGCCCCUCCCAUGGGCCAUGGCGCAGGCGCCGCCUCUCCUCCACCACCUCCUCCUCCUCCUCCUCUCGCUCGCCGCGCCCGCGUCGGCGCGCCUCGUGCCCGUCCAGUACCUCUACCCGCCCUUCAACCUCACCUACUUCCACUUCAUCGACACCAACGGCGUCUUCCUCCUCUCCCCCGCCGCCAUCUACAACGCCGGCGCCACCGAGGCCUCCGACUCCCAGUCCCGCUUCUUCUUCUCCGUCCUCCACACCGCCUCCCGCACCCCAGUCUGGACCGCCACCGCCGCCGGCUCCACCAUCCUCGAGUCCGUUGUCCUCUCCCUCUCUGCCACCGGCCUCACGCUCCUGGACCCCUCCUCCGCCACCGCCACCGCCCCCGCCGCAUGGUCCACGCCGCGCCUCCGCGCCCCCGUCGCCGCGCUGCGCCUGCUCGACACCGGCGAGCUCACGCUCAUCGACGCCCGCAACGCCACGCUCUGGUCCUCCUUCGACCGCCCCACCGACACGCUGCUCCACGCCCAGCCGCUCCGCCUCGGCGAGCCGCUCAGGUCCUCCGCGUCCGCCAACGACCUCUCCCCCGGCGCCUACCGCCUCGUCCUCACCCCCAACGACGCGCUCCUCCAGUGGGCCGCCUCCUCCUCGCCGUCGUCGUCGCCGGCCUUCCUCACCUACUGGGCUCUCUCCUCUGACCCCGCCGCCAUCCAGGACUCCAGCCACGCCGUCGCCUCCAUGGCCGUCAACGCCUCCGGCAUCUACCUCCUCGCCGACAACGGCAGGGACACCGUGUACAGGCUCCUAUUCCCCUCACCGCCCGCCUCCAAGGGCGACUCGCGCGUCCUCAAGGUUGACCCUUCCGGCCGCCUGCGCGCGCUCACCCUCACCGCCGGCGCGGCCGUCCCCACCGUCUGGGCCGCGCCGGCCAAUGACUGCGACCUCCCGCUGCCGUGCCCCUCCCUCAGCCUCUGCACGCCGGGCGGCAACGGCUCCACCUGCAUGUGCCCCGACGCCUUGAGCACCUACUCCAGCGGCGGCUGCGCGCCGGCCGACGGCGCCGCGCUGCCGGCCAGCUGCGCCAAAAAGGCCGCCGCGCGCUACAGCUACGUCAGCCUCGGAGCCGGGAUCGGGUACCUGCCGACCAAGUUCGCGCUGCCCGAUACCUCCGGCGACGCGCUCCCGGCGUGCCGCGACCUCUGCUCCGGCAACUGCUCCUGCCUCGGCUUCUUCUACAGCAACUCCUCCAGGUCCUGCUUCCUCCUCCACAACCAGAUCGGCUCCAUCUUCCGCGCCAGCGCCGACGCGGCCGUCGGCUUCAUUAAGACGCUCCCGUCGCAGCACGGCAAAGGCUCCUCGUCGUCGUCCUUGAGCCUGAUAACCAUCGUGUUCGGCAUCGUGCUCCCCACCGUGGCCGUCGUGCUCAUCUCCUUGCUGCUCUACGCGAUGGGCGCGCAGUGGCUCCGGAGGAAGCGCCGGCCGCAGCACCUGCACCUCAACAAGAAGACCAGCGGCAGCUGGUUCAAGCUGCCGGCGAUGCUGUCGGCGUCGUCGCGGGCGGCGUCGGCCUCGGCCGGUGGGGAGGACCUCGACGAGGAGGACGUCCUCAUCCCCGGCCUGCCAACCCGGUUCACGUACGGCGAGCUCGACGCCGCGACGGACGGCUUCCAGUGGCAGAUCGGCUGCGGCGGGUUCGGGUCCGUGUUCCGCGGCGAGCUCCCCGACCGGAGUACCGUGGCGGUGAAGCGGAUGAACGGCCUGGGCACACAGGGCCAGGGCCGGCGCGAGUUCCUGACGGAGAUCGCCGUGAUCGGCAACGUCCACCACGUGAACCUGGUGAAGCUCCGCGGGUUCUGCGCCGAGGGCGCGCGGCAGCUGCUGGUGUACGAGUACAUGAACCGGGGCUCCCUCGACCAGACCCUCUUCCGCGCCGGCGCCGGCGCGCUGGAGUGGCCGGCUCGGCUGCGCGUGUGCGUCGGCACGGCGCGCGGGCUCGCCUACCUCCACGGCGGCUGCGACCGCAAGAUCCUCCACUGCGACGUGAAGCCGGAGAACAUCCUCCUGGACGACCGCGGCGGCGUGAAGAUCGCCGACUUCGGGCUGGCGAAGCUGAUGAGCCCGGAGCAGUCGGGGCUCUUCACGAUGAUGCGCGGCACGCGCGGGUACCUGGCGCCGGAGUGGCUCAUGAACGCGCCCAUCACCGACAAGGCCGACGUGUACAGCUUCGGCAUGGUGCUGCUGGAGAUCGUGCGCGGGAGGAAGAACUCCUCCAACUCCAAGAAGCAGCAGCAGCAGGAGGAGGAGGAGUCCUCGCCGGAGCACCACCAGUGGCAGUACUUCCCGGCGCUGGCGCUGGAGCUGCACGAGCAGGGCAGGUACGGGGAGCUGGUGGACCCGAGGCUGGAGGGGCGCGCCGACGUCGCGCAGGUGGCGCGGGUGGUGCGGGUGGCGCUCUGCUGCCUCCACGAGGACGCGGCGAAGCGGCCCCCCAUGGCCGUCGUGUCCGCCAUGCUCGACGGCAGCAUGGACGCGGGCGAGCCCCGGCCGGAGCUCCUCCGGUACCUCAGGAUGUACGGCCGUGGCCUCGUCGACCUGCGGCCCGCCGCCGCCGGGUGGAUGGACCAAGGGAAGACCAAGGGGUCCCACACCACCGCCGGCGUCAGCAGCAGCUGGUCGCCGCCGUCGUGCGUGUCGGCGCAGCAGCUCUCGGGGCCCAGAUGACAGUGCCUCCUCCGUGGGGCAUUUUUUGGUAACUGGUUAUUUACAUCCUAGCUACAGUAGUAACAGAGAGUCUUCUCCUUCAUUUUUGCACAGACAAAUUAAAUCUCUAAUUCUUAGUACUAUUGUCUAUUGCCCACAAUGUAAACCCAAGCACAUUUAGCCAUGCUUCCAUUGACCAAACAAACAUGUGUGAAUAUAAUAAUACUGAAGAAGAAGAGGAAGAACAGCUAAAAUAGUCAACUAUUGCUGCAACCGGUACAAGUACUAGUGAACUAAAAUGCAGAGGACUUCCUAUUUCUCUCUGGAAGUCUGGAUGCUGUCAACCCACACGCUUUUUAGCUGGCAAUGCUUGUUUUUUUUUUUUUUUUUGAGCAGCUGGCAAUGCUUGUUAGCUGACAUGAUCAUCUUCAUGUGGGAUUGAUUCUAAAAUCUUCAUCUUCCUCCGAGGUAGCAUCUACACGGUACUGCUCCCCUACCUAGUACAAUAAACAGAUAUUGGAGUACUCUACAGAUCAGCAGGGAGAGAGAGAGAGAGAGAGAGAGAGAGAGAGAGAGAGAGAGAGAGAGAGAGAGAGAGAGAGAGAAGAGCAAUACGAAUCUUAACGUUUGAUGAGCAGUCAUAAGCAAGCAACUUGGACCGUCAGGAUGUGCAUACAACUACAAUAAACAUACAAAAUCUAAAAAAACAAUAAACAUACAAAAAAAUGCUACUUUAAUUGGGUCAAUGUAACUAUGGCAGGCACACUGGAGGUGUCAAAUUG